UCAUCAAAAAUGCAAAACAUAAAAUCAUCAUCAGUGAGCGAUGAACACAUCAGAGAUGUAGUUAAAACUCAAGAUCUCUCAGUAAUUACCAACGAUAUGACAUCUUCUGCGUUGCACAAUGAUCAAAAGGUGGAGACGUCAGUGACUAUCCCUAUCGAAUUAACAUCUGCUGAAGUAACUGACAAAGGAAUUCCAUCGGAUCCUUCAACCUCAGCAGACAAAGUAUCAUCUACAAUAGAAUACAUUAUAAAGAAUGAUAAUCAUCAUCAUAUACACGAAUUACAGACAACAUGCGCUAUAUGUUUAGAUGAUUUUCGAGAUGGGGACUUACUGAGGAUUCUGCCAUGCGAACAUGAAUAUCAUACUGGGUGCAUAG